AUGGUGCCUGCAGGAAAUGUAUUGAUCUAUAGAGACUUUGUUAGUGCCACAAGACCUUCUCAAAAAAUUGAUAAAGAGACAUGUCAAAAGAUAAUAGAAGCAGCAGAAGCAGUGAAAGAAGGAGCUAAAGAAGUGAAAAGUGUGGGAGAAUAUGUCAAAAAAACUGUUUCUGAUAGUGCUGGAAAUGUGAUAUCAGAGGUGGCAAAAGCAGCACUAGAUAAGGCAACUGAAAAGGAAGAAAAAGGUGCAUGGGAUAAAGUCAAAGACACUGCAAAUGACAUCAAGAAUAAAGUAGUUGGCAAGUGA